AUGACGUCAAACAUUGCAAAGUCAUUGAAUGCGAUAACAAAAGAUGCAAGAGAGCUGCCCAUAGUAGACCUAUUAGAGUACAUGAGGACUCUUCUUGAAAGUUGGAAUAAUGAAAAGUUAUUGAAAGCAAAGGGUACAUUUACAUACCUUGGGGAAAAAUACAACAAAGAGUUGGAGGACAACAGGACAUUAUCGCAGAAGAUGAGAGCGACGGCUUCAACAGACCACAUCAAUACAGUGUUAGACGGUGUGAAGUGCUUUAUUGUUUGCCUUCAAAACAAGAAAUGUAUUUGUGGACAGUUCCAACUUGACGAACUUCCUUGUCCACAUGCUUUGCGGCCUUGA